UGCGCACUACGGUUGACCCCUCCGGUUUCUGCGUGCGGUGCCACGUUAGUAGCGGUAGACACAAAAUACCAGCUACUCUCCCAACCUUAAACAAGGAAAAAGACCAAAACUAAGGCCAAUUUCACAGCUAAACCGUAACCGAGCGUGUCUGCAGCUCUCGUCUCUCCACCAGGAAGAAUACUCGACGGCAACUAUGUUCAAGUUUCUGCUCAUCUGCACACUGGCUGUGGCCAGCAGAGCCGAGAUCAGUGAGGAAGAAGAUGUCCUGGUGCUGAAGAAAAGUAACUUCGACGAGGCUCUCCAAGCUCACCCUAACCUCCUGGUUGAAUUCUAUGCCCCAUGGUGUGGUCACUGCAAGGCCCUGGCUCCGGAGUAUGCCAAGGCCGCCGGCAUGCUGAAGUCAGAGGGUUCAGAAGUCCGCCUGGGUAAGGUUGAUGCUACGGAGGAGACAGAACUGGCUCAAGAGUAUGGCGUCCGGGGGUAUCCCACCAUCAAGUUCUUUAAGGGCGGAGAGAAGGAGUCACCCAAAGAGUACUCUGCUGGCAGGCAGGCAGAUGACAUUGUCAGCUGGCUGAAAAAACGCACAGGCCCAGCCGUCGCCACCCUGGCAGGAGUCACUGAGGCAGAGUCUCUGAUCGCUGACAGUGAGGUGGCAGUCAUCGGAUUCUUUAAGGAUGCUGAAUCUGAUGGCGCCAAGGCCUACGAAAAAGCAGCUGAAGCCACAGAUGACAUUCCCUUCGCCAUGACCGCAGACGAUGCUGUUUUCUCCAAGUUUGAGGUGUCCAAGGACAGCGUUGUCCUCUUCAAGAAGUUUGAUGAAGGGCGCAAUACCUUUGAUGGAGAGCUGACCAAAGAAAACCUCCUGUCUUUCGUCAAGGCCAACCAGCUGCCUCUGGUCAUUGAGUUCACAGAGCAGACCGCCCCUAAAAUCUUUGGUGGAGAAAUCAAGUCCCACAUCCUCAUGUUCCUGCCCAAAACUGCUGAUGACUUCCAGGACAAAAUGGACCAGUUUAAGAAAGCUGCAGAGGGAUUCAAGGGUCAGAUCCUGUUCAUUUUCAUCGACAGCGAUGUGGAUGACAACCAGCGCAUCCUGGAGUUCUUCGGCCUGAAGAAAGAGGAGUGCCCCGCCAUCCGCCUCAUCACCCUGGAGGAUGAGAUGACCAAGUACAAGCCUGAGACUAAUGACAUCACAGCAGAGAGCAUCAUUCAAUUCUGCAAACUGUUCACUGAGGGCAAACUCAAGCCCCACCUCAUGAGUCAGGACAUCCCUGAAGACUGGGACAAAACCCCUGUCAAGGUUUUGGUCGGCAAGAACUUCGAGGAGGUUGCUUUCGAUUCCUCUAAGAACGUCUUUGUGGAAUUCUAUGCACCUUGGUGUGGACACUGCAAACAGCUGACUCCCAUCUGGGAGAAGCUGGGAGAGAAGUAUAAGGACAGUGCUGACACCAUCGUGGCUAAGAUGGACUCCACAGCCAAUGAGAUUGAGGCAGUCAAAGUCCACAGCUUCCCCACUCUUAAGUUCUUCCCUGCUGGAGAUGAGCGCAAGGUGAUUGAUUACAACGGGGAGAGAACACUGGAAGGCUUCACUAAGUUCUUGGAGAGCGGUGGUAAGGAGGGUGGUGCUCCUGCAGGAGACGAUGAUGACGAGGAUUUGGAUGAUGUGGAUGAAGUGCAGGACGAGGACUCUGAUGGUGAGGACGAUGAUGGACAUGAUGAGUUGUAAGACCUGGCAGAGGAGAGAGAGAGGAGACGAGUCCCGCCCCAACCCCUUCCAACCAGUCACCACCACCACCUUCACUUCCUUGUGGACCUUCCCUUUCCUGUGAACAUUAAUAUUUCCCCUUUAAUUGCCUCUCAGUCAGUCAGCCGGCCCGCUGUCCAGCCCGCCACUCAGUCAGUCCAUCAGUGGCGUGGCAGGGCAUUUCUUGCCAGCUACAUCUCCAACCUCGCAACUUCUGGCCAGACUCGUCUUGUCCCACCCGGGGGGACUCUGUGGAACAGCGCACCACCUCUAUGGAAGACCUCAAUGCCUUCUCUACAAAGCUCCACAUCAGCUGUUUGCCUUGUAUAUUUUAAACCAAAUGUUAAAAUGGCAUUGAGAUCCAGUUUGCAAAAUGUUUGUUUUUUCCUGUUGAAUUAGCUCCCCUCCUGUUUAAAAAAAAACAAACCCUUGCCAUUGCUUAAUGUGGGUACGAGCUAAAUGAGUGUUGUAACCUGUAUUUGUAGGUAAGGGGGGGUGCCAAUGUUCUUUUCCCUCAGAUGGAAAUCCAGAGGACCUGAGUUUGUGUUGUGGUUUUGUAAGGACUGAUCUCUCAGGGGACAAGGGGCCAUCCUAUAGAUGUGUUUAUUUUGCAAGGUCUUCACUAAUAUAAAGCCCACAGAACUUCUCCAGUGUAGCACAAAGCCCCCCAAUCUGUAGCUCAUACCAAUAGUUUUCUUUCUUUUGGUGGGGGGUAGUCUACUUUUUCUUCAUUUCUUCAUUCCUAAAUAAUUUCUCUGUUCAGUCUCCUUAUUUCGGCACGGCUACUGACUAUUUUCUAAAAGGAACAAAGGUUAACGUUUUGGGGAAAAUCUUAUUUUAUUUAAUUGCUUUCACUAUGAGGUUUUGUUUUGUUUUUUAAAUUUAGGACUUGUCAUUUAACUGAUGUACCAUUGUGCCCAGCUGUAGCCAGUUGGCCCUGUUGGGGCAGAGUUGGCCCUUGGACACACUCUCAGACCUGGGAUUGUUUUUGGAGCCAGUUCUGAUAGGUCGCACUGCAUCCAUGCCUAAUCGGAGAUUCACUGUGGUUACUUAAGCAGACGAAGAUUGGUACAGUUUACUGGUCAGGUUGGUCUGAGAGAAGUGUCUAUUAUAUCUGAAGUGGGAGGGAACAAUUGCACAGCCCCACCCCUCACCCAUACUGUACCUCCUGCAUCCCUUUUGGCUCUACCCAACACCCUUGUUGCCACACGUGUGUGUGUGUGUGUGUGUGUGUGUGUGUGUGGGUGUGAGAGAGUGCAUAGUGUGCUGUGUGACUGGUGUAUAAAUUGCUGUGUGAGUUGAAUGAGUAGUUCAUAAUUUCUGGUCAUCCAUGAACAGGAGAGUGAAUGUACUGUGUGUUGAUUGGCAGGGAGAGGAGGCUUGAGUAGAGCAAGGUGAUGGGUUUGACAGCUACAGUGGUGGGGGAAACUUAACAAAGCAUUCCAUCAUAUCCAAAUUGAUGUGGAAAACAUGAAAUGGUGGCCAAUAAACAAAAAAAUUGAAAAAAAACAAAAA